UCAAACAUGGCAUCUGUGGAAGAAAGCUUUCCCCGAGGUGGCACCCAGAAAAAAGCCACAGAGGAAAAAGCAGCCAAACCAAAGAUUGAGCAGGACAACUUGUUUGAUAUCCAUCAUGAAGAAAAAACACACAAAAGAAAAAGAAGUCAAGUUGAUCAAGGAAAGCAGAAGAAAAAGAAGCUCAAGCUGGACAAAAAAGACACUUCUAAAGACAGUGAAUCGCUCACAGUUGAGGCGCUCUGUGAGGGGAUGCUGCUUCUUGGUUGUAUAAAAGAAGUCAAUGACUUUGAAUUAGUCAUCAGCUUGCCCAAUGGACUCUCUGGCUUUGUCCCAGUGACACAGAUCAGCGAUGCCUACAGCAAGAUGCUGAGUGAGCAGGUGGCUGAAGGAGAACUCCGGGAGGACUUGAACUCUCUCUUGGACAUGUAUUCUCCAGGAACAUUGGUCAGAUGCAUUGUGACCAGUGUUGAGAAAAGUGCUGAUGGACGACGAAGCAUCAGAUUGUCCAUCAACCCCAAGAAGGUCAACAAGGGUCUGGCCGCUGCAGCGCUCGCAGUAGGCAUGCUGCUCUCUGGCACAGUGUCUAGUGUGGAAGACCAUGGUUAUAUCAUUGAUAUUGGAGUCAGAGGGACUAAUGCGUUCCUGCCUCGUCAGAAAGCCCCAAAUUACAUCAAAUUAGCCAAGAAAGGACCUGACUUGAAGAUAGGCCAGAACCUGAACUGCCUCAUUGUGGAAGUAAAGAAUGAGGGAAGAAUUGUCCGUUUGUCCAUUGAUCGGUCAGAAGUUGCUGCAUCCCUUGCAACAGAGCGACAGAACUGGACACUCACUAACUUACUGCCCGGGCUGGUGGUAAAAGCUCAAGUGCAGAAGGUGGCCCCAUUGGGGAUCACUCUGAGCUUUCUCUCUUCCUUCACUGGCAUUGUGGAUUUCAUGCACAUGGAUCCAAAAAAAUCCAUGAACUAUUCUCCAAAUCAAGUGGUGAAAGCUUGCAUCCUCUCCAUCCACCCCACCUCCAAGCUGGUGCGACUUACUCUACGGCAGACCUUCCUCCAGCCUGGAGGAUCCCCCAACCAGCUCUCCAGUGACCGCAUAGGGGCCGUGGUGGAGGAGUCAACGGUGAAGGCCUUCUUCAAGCAGUUUGGUGCUUUCUUUGAGCUUGAUGAUGGCAGCCUUGCGUAUGCACGGUUGAAACACCUUUCAAAAACAAGAAAGUCCUUUAAACCUGCAGCAUUUAAGACAGGGUGCAAACACAAAUGCCGGAUAAUUGACUACAGCCUGAUGGAUGAGAUGUGUAUUUUAUCCCUGAAGUAUCAAGUUAUUGAAGCUCGGUUCCUGCAGUAUCAAGAUGUCCAUACUGGGGAUGUGGUGAAGGGUAAAGUAUUAGCUCUGAAACCCAUUGGGAUGCAAGUAAAAAUUACUGAUGGGAUUAAAGGGCUUGUGCCCUCCAUGCAUCUUGCUGACACAAUCCUGAAGCAGCCUGAGAAGAAGUACAGUGUGGGAGAUGAAGUCAAUUGUCGGGUGCUGGAGUGCAGACCUGAAGAAAAGAAGCUAUUUCUUACUCUGAAAAAAACUCUUGUCCAGUCAAAGCUUCCAGUCCUUUCUAAUUAUGAAGAGGCUACACCAGGUCUGAUCACACAUGGCUUUGUGGUGUGUGCAAGGGAGUUUGGCUGCAUUGUGAAGUUCUACAAUGAUGUCAAAGGUCUGGUACCCAAGAAUGAGCUGAGUUCAGAGCCCAUAUCUUCUCCAGAGGAAGUCUUCCAUGAAGGCCAGGUUGUCAAAGUAAUGGUCUUAAAAUGUGAACCCCAGCAGGAAAGACUUCUGCUGUCCUUCAAGUUAACAAGUAAGCCUGUCCCUAAAGGUAAAAGGGAACAUAUUCCAAUGAAGAACCAGCAUGCGAAAUAUGAAAUAGGAAAGAUGGUUGAUGUGAAAGUCUUGAAGAAGAAGGAGAAUGGCCUAGAGGUUUCCAUCUUGGAUGAUGAAGGCAAAGCCAUUGCCUCGCUUCCCACAGUUUACCUUUCAGACUUCGUUGCUAACUGCAAGCUCCUGUACCAUUGCCUUCAAGAGGGAGAUGUCCUGCCUAGAGUUAUGUGCCUAAAUAACAAGGGAGAGCGUAUUAUUUUGUGCAGAAAGUCUGCAGUCAUUUCUGCUGUACAGGAGGAGCAAGUGGUGAGAAGCUUCUCUGAAAUCCAGCCUGAUAUGCUUCUGACUGGCUAUGUGAGGAGCGUGAUGCCUUUUGGUGUGUUUGUGGAAUUCCCUUAUGGCCUUACAGGACUGGCACCCAAAACAAGCAUGUGUGACAAGUUUGUGACAGACACCAAGGACCACUUUUUGGUGGGACAGACUGUGAUCGCAAAGGUGAUGAGCACUGAUGAAGAGAAGCAGCGUGUGCUCCUCAAUCUGAAGGUGUCAGAGUGCAGUUCAGGCAAUUCUUCUGUGGAAAGCUUUGCCUUGCUAAGCCAGUACUUCAAGGAGGUGAAAGAAAUCAGGAACUUGCUGAGAAGAAGAGGGGAGUCCAGCGUGGCCCGAAGCCUUUGUGACCUGCUGCCUGGGCAGGAGCUGCAGCUGGUUGUGCAGGAUGUGAAGGAGGAUGGCUCGGCCCUGUUCAGCAGCAGCAGUGCCACGGGCUUGACUGUAACAGCUACUCGCUACCAUUUGGGAGAGAAAGGUGUUGUUCCUGGUGAGAGAGCAAAAGGAUUGGUUCUUCAUGUGGAUAUCCUCUCAUCCGUGGUGCAUGUUUCCCUUCGAGAAGAACUGUUAAAACAAAGAACCAAGCAACUGGCAGAGAACUCCCAACACUGUGCCGUCGUGCAGCACAUUGCAGACGAGUGUGCCGUCAUCUCUUUGGAGACGGGCCAGCUGGCUGCUAUCCCCAUAGCCUCUCACUUCAACGACACCUUCCGUUUUGACUCAGAAAAACUGAAGGUGGGACAGAUGGUCUCUGUGACCUUAAAAACAGUCAAGGGGCAUGACCAUGGAGUCUUGUUAGCGGUACAAGAUCCAGCAAAGAAGAAUGUUUUUGUAAGGUUCCGGAAAGAGUCUGAGACGGCUUUGGAAGACACCCUUACUGCUGUGCAGCACUCGCUUUCUGUGGGGGAUGUUAUUACUGGAACUGUUAAGUCUGUCAAGCCUACCCAUGUUACAGUCGCUAUUGACGACAAGUUGACGGGUUCAAUCCACGCGUCCCGGAUCUUGGAUGAAGUACCUAUGGACUCCUUUCCAACAUAUACUCUGAAAGCUGGACAGAAGGUGACUGCCCGGGUCAUUGGAGGCAGGGAUGUGAAUACUCACAGGUAUCUACCCAUCACCCAUCCACACUUCACACGAUCCAUCCCAGAGCUCAGCAUUCGACCAAGUGAAAUAGAGGGGAAAGCUGUAACAAUGCUGAACCAUAAAGGAGACAACGCCCCUAAGAAACUUGGACUCUACAAAGUAGGGCAGACUGUGACCUGUUUUGUUAAGAAGUAUAACACCAUCAAAAAUUGGUUGGAGGUAGAAGUCACACCUGACAUUCGUGGAAGAGUUCCACAUUUGCUGCUGUCUCUCAACACCAAGGUUCUAAAGCAUCCAGAAAAGAGCUUCAAAAGUGGCCAGGCAUUGUCUGCUACAGUAACUGGAACAGAUGUCACUGAAACCAACCUUUGCUUGUCACUUACAGGAAUCCAGUCACUGGAACAGGGCAACAUCACCGUAGGCACCGUAGCAAAGGUGACUCCACAUGUUGGCUUGACCAUUGCAUUGCAUGGAGGGAAGACUGGCAAAGUCAGUAUCUUUCACGUGAGCGAUAGCUACACAGAGAAGCCUCUGGAUGACUUCAAAAUUGGCAGGGUUGUCAGGUGUUAUGUCCUUUCCACUGAGAAUGGCAAAAUCCAGUUAUCUCUCCGGCAGUCCAGGCUAAAUCCGAAGAGCAGCAAAAGAGCAGAAGAUGUGGAAAUAGCAAGUAUUAAGGAUGUUAAAAAAGGCCAGCUAGUGAGGGGCUAUGUCAAAUCCGUCACUCCAUCAGGGGUAUUCUUUAGCCUGUCUGCUUCUCUUCUGGGUCGAAUCCUGUUCCAGAAUGUUUCCCCUUACUUUGUACGGAAACGCUCCUUAUAUAAGAAAUACCUACCUGAAGGAAAACUGCUUACUGCCAAGGUCCUUGGUAUAAACAGGGAAGAAAACCACGUUGAGCUUUCUCUCCUGCCUGAGGACACUGGGAUGUCAAGCAUCUUGCCUGAGUCCCUAGGCCUGCCACGCUAUGAUGCAGAGGAAGAGAGAAAAGAGAGGGAAGAGAGUGAGAAGCAAAAAGAGCUUAAGAAGCUGAAGAAAAAACAGAAAAGAGGGAACUCUGAAAGUGAGCAGGAGACAAAGCCAAAGAAAAGGAAGAUCUGCCCAGCAGAUGAAAGUGACAGUGGAAUUGAGGUGUAUUGCCGAGAGGAGGAGGAGGAGGAUGACCAGAAAGAAGAGGAGGCAUCUAAAAAGAAAUCUAUGAUAAAGAAACUUGGUGAGGUUCCCAGGCUGCAGGUUUCCACUGGUUUCACUUGGGAUGAGGACAUGAACACAGUUGAUGUGCCAGCACUGAGCCAGAAGGAGAGUUCAGACAGUGAAGAGGAGGAUCUGCAGUCCAAGCCAAAGAAGCAGACAAAGAAGGAGAAGGAGCUGGAGAAGGAGAAGAUGGAGAAGGAGCUCUGCAAAGUAGAAGCUGCCCUGAUGGACCCCAGUCGACAGCCCCAGACAGCAGAUGAUUUUGACCGCCUUGUGCUGAGCAGUCCCAACAGCUCCAUCCUCUGGCUGCAGUACAUGGCCUUCCACCUGCAGGCCACCGAGAUCGAGAAGGCCAGAGCUGUGGCAGAGAGAGCGCUUAAAACCAUCUGCUUCAGGGAAGAGCAGGAGAAACUAAAUGUCUGGGUAGCUCUGCUGAAUCUGGAGAACAUGUAUGGCACUGAGGAGACCCUGAUGAAAGUCUUUGAGAGAGCUGUUCAAUACAAUGAACCUCUAAAAGUCUUCCAGCAUUUGUGUGACAUCUAUGCCAAUUCUGAGAAGUACAAGCAAGCAGAAGAGCUAUACCACACAAUGCUGAAGCGUUUCCGUCAGGAGAAAUCUGUGUGGCUGAAGUAUGCCUCCUUCCUCCUGAAACAAGGCCAAACUGAGGCUACACACAGACUUCUGGAGCGUGCUCUCAAGGCUUUGCCCACCAAAGAACAUGUGGAUGUCAUUUCAAAGUUUGCACAGCUCGAGUUCCGCCUUGGAGACCCAGAACACGCUAAGGCCCUCUUUGAGAGCACCCUCAGCAGUUACCCCAAACGCACGGACAUCUGGUCCAUCUACAUGGACAUCAUGAUCAAACGUGGCAGCCAGAAGGAAGUGCGGGACAUCUUUGAGCGGGUCAUACACCUCAGCUUGGCACCCAAGAGGAUGAAAUUCUUCUUUAAACGCUAUCUGGAUUAUGAGAAGAAAUAUGGUACAGAAGAAACUGUCCUGGCUGUCAAAACAGCAGCACUAGAGUAUGUGGAGGCCAAGAGUUCCCUUGCUGAGAGCUAAAUAUGGAGCAAAUAAAAGCAGAGACUCAGUUCUUCAUGCAGUGUGGGAACCAAGAGGUGUGGAAUUCACCUGGGGAUGUCCAUGGACAGUGA